CUCAGGGUGUUUGCAGGAGAGUCAGCAGCUGGAAAACUAGUGGCCUUUUUUGAUCGCAUGUGUGUGUUUCUGUUGAGGAGUUGAGCCAUGAGGUGGUGACACACAGGACCAGAAAUCAGGAAGCUGCUUGACUGUGACAGUGAAGAGGAGGAGGAAGAGGGAGCAAAUAGAAACCAAAGCAGGUCCUUCAAACACCCUGACGAUCUGUGACAAGUCUGACAGAACAAGCCCACCCGAUGAAAACGUGCUGUACAUCCACAAGCAAAAGAAGAAUACUGAGGAGAAGAGUUUUGACUUCCAUUGUCCUUUGUAGAGGGGAUACUGAUGUCAGGCUGCCUUGUGAUUGGGUGGAGCGAUGACAAUCAACAAGCAGGAGAAGCUCAGGGGAGGCAGAAGGGCGUCAUCGGGGGUCAUGGCCCCACCGGAAGGAGGCUGGGGUUGGAUGAUUGUCGCUGCCUGUUUCCUCGCUACCAUCUGCAUCCGGGCAGUGACCAGAUGUGUUUCCAUGUUUUUUGUGGAGUUCCAGCUGCACUUUGAGAAGGAUUACUCAACCACCGCCUGGAUCCACAGUCUGAUUGACUCCACCACCAUGUUGUGUGCUCCUCUGGGUGGCUUCCUCGGGAACCAUUUCUCCUGCAGAGCCACGGUGAUCCUGGGAGGUCUGCUGUCCUCUGCUGGUCUGGUCCUUAGCUCCUUCGCUUCCAGUCUGGAACAUCUAUACAUCUGCCUUGGUCUCCUUGCAGGUCUUGGCUUUGCUCUCAGCUACACACCAGCCAUUGCGAUGGUUGGGAGGUACUUCAGUGAGAGGAAAGCUCUGGCCUAUGGAAUCGCCCUGUCUGGUAGUGGAAUUGGGACCUUCAUUCUGGCUCCUGCAGUCCAAUUGCUUAUUGAACAUUACUCAUGGAGAGGAGCUCUGGUCAUCCUGGGAGGAUUUGUUUCCAACCUGUGUGUUUGUGGUGCCCUGAUGAGGCCACUGGAACCAAGUGGACGUGAAGAGAUAUGGAAGAACAACGUGGCAAACCUGGAGAAAGAUUGCACUACACCAGUGCUGGAUGCCGACACUGAACACAAAUCUGCUGAUUGCAGCCAAGUGGAGCCAAAGCAGCUGGAAAUAAACCACUUAGAAGAUACUCAAGGGAUCCUCAUAGUCAGCGGAAGACUCAAAAACUUUGGAAUUAAAAAUGACAAACUAAAUCAAGGGAAUAUAGCCUUGCUAUCAAGCCCUAGCUUGCCUGACCCAAGUUUAAAGUAUCGAAAGAUAGCUGAAUGUAUUUUAUUUAGCAACAAGCUAACAGAAACAAUGCUAGGGGAGACUGAACUCUCAGGUCCUAAACCAACAAACAGUAGCGAAACUGAGUACCUGAAAUUAGUGGAAAGCCUGAAGUUGAACAACAAAGCAGCUGCCAUGGAUACAAAGAUAGAAGACUCAGGACCGGGCAAAGCCAAACCAACAGAUGUCUGUCUCUUAGCUAAAACUGUUAGCCCUCUUUCAGGGCCUUUAGUGAACACAAAAGCCUCAUCCAGAGGCUGUUUUUCUCUCAGGUCCAGGGAGGAGUUUGGGUUUCUCAUCUUACCCGACUUCCUCUUUCUGUCUGUGUCUCUCCUGUUUCUGGCCUAUGGUUGCAGUGCUCCCAUAGUUUACCUGGUUCCUUAUGCCCUCAGUGCAGGGGUGGGGCACCAGCAGGCUGCCUUCCUCAUGUCCAUAUUUGGUGUUAGUGGCAUUGUGGGUAACAUCACCUUUGGAUGGAUCAUGGACAGGAAGUGUCUGAAGAGGUAUCGCAUGUUGAGCUACAUGGUGGCGAUAUGCAUGGAGGGCCUCUGCUGUAUGUUCAUGCCCUUCCUUCACUCCUUCUCCCUCCUGGUCGCAUUUUCCGUACUCUACGGGUACUUUGACGGAGCAUAUGUUGCGCUCAUCCCAGUUGUGACCUCUGAUGUUGUGGGCUCCACCUACCUGACCUCCGCUCUGGGUGUGGUCUACUUCCUGCAUGCCAUUCCCUACCUGGUCAGCCCACCAAUUGGAGGUUGGUUAGUAGACAGGACGGGAAACUACGAGGCAACCUUCUUCCUCAGUGGGGCGUCCUUCAUGUUCAGCUUUGUGGUCCUGGCUGCUGCCAUGUUAGUCAGACAGUACCGGAGACUCAACUCUAACUCAGCUGCUCAUUUAAGUCCCACUCACAGUACUGCUGCUGCUGCUGCAGCUCAGCAGGACAUCAUAUGAAAAUGCUGCUCAUUCACCACUUCACCCAUUGCUGGUAUGUGGGUUUACAAUUAUAGUAAAGGUGCUAUUUUGAUGUGAAUCAUAUGCUGCUGAUGUGUUACGGAUUCAAGACCUCAAGCCCAGACUCUACAAGAGCCGAACCCAGCAUUACCAAAGCUUUAUUGAGCUUUCCAGUAAUACUGAGAUGUACAAAUGUUCACUUUAGCAUUCAUUUCGGUACCACAGACUACACUACCUGUCAAUGUAACAACAGGAGUCUGUUUGUUUUGUUUGUUUGUUUGUUUGUUUUGCUUGUACCACUGGAGCUGGUCUCUAAAUAUCUGGAAAAAGUGACAUUCAUACAGUGGGUAAUGAGACAAGUGAUUAUCUGAAGGACAAUGAAAUGAUUUUUUUUUUUAAAGUGCACAUAACUUUAUGAGUUGCUUUUUUACUUUUCAGAAUUUAAAACUGAUAAUCCCACACAUUAUUUUGACUUCAGUUAUGUGAUUUAAUUUUUAUAAUUUUGAUGUUUAGUAUGUUUAAUUCAUGAUUCAACUUGCCUGGACUUCACAAUUUGCCUCACAACAUUAUUUAUAAACCAUUUUGUGCAUUAACACUUACCGUAUCUUUCCAGUUAGCGAGAGAUGGCUGCAGUUACGCGUCCGGACUGAUGCUCAUAUAGAACCAUUUCUGUUUAACUUGUAAGAAGCAGUCAGUGCUUCCUGUUACAGCCCCUGCAAGUUGAUGUAAAUUUAUGUUAUAGGCCACAGGAUUACAGGGAAAGAAUAGUGCCACGAAACUUAUGCCAAAUAAUGAGUCUUUGAUUUGACAAGUAUGUGGUGUGCAUUAACCUCUCUUACUGUGAGAAUCACAUUAAAAUGUCACCAUGA